CUGCGGGAUCGCCGCGGCGCCAGCCUCUCGGGAGCAACGCUAGUGACAACUGAGCUACUCAAGGCAGGAAGAACUCUGAGCUGAGCAGUGGAGGCCCCCCCUGGAUCUGGAGAGAAGAGGUGACCUUGGAACCAGUAAUGAGCCAUCCUGACUUCAGGCUGAACCUCCGGCCCUUGGGGACCCCCAGAGGUGUGUCCUCUGUGGUUGGCCCACAUGGUGUUGGUGCUUCGCCAGGUGACAAAAAGUCAAAGAACAAGUCCAUACGAGGGAAGAAAAAGAGCGUAUUUGAAACCUACAUGUCCAAGGAGGAUGUCUCAGAAGGCUUGAAGAGAGGAACACUUAUCCAGGGUGUAUUGAGAAUUAAUCCAAAGAAGUUUCAUGAAGCCUUCAUUCCUUCCCCGGAUGGUGAUCGAGACAUUUUUAUCGAUGGGGUUGUUGCUCGUAAUAGAGCCUUGAAUGGGGAUCUGGUGGUCGUGAAGCUGCUUCCGGAAGAGCAAUGGAAGGUAAUUAAACCAGAGAGCAAUGACAAAGAAACAGAAGGUGCCUAUGAAUUAGAUCUCCCCGAGGAGCUCUGUGGAAGCCAUCUCCUGCAGCAGCCCGUGAAAGGCUAUAAUGACAGUCCUGAUGUCAUUAUAGAGGCUCAGUUUGAAGACAGCGACUCAGAAGAUGGACAUGGCAACACACAGAAUGUUCUGGUUGAUGGUGUCAAGAAACCCUCAGUUUGUGUUCAUGACAAAGGAAAAGAGGAUGCUGAUGCUCCCGUUACAAAAGAUGAGAGCACCUCCACAUCACAGGACCCAAGAGCUUUACCGGAGAAGUCGCUGCAAAGAUCAGCAAAGGUGGUUUACAUCUUGGAGAAAAAACAUUCCCGGGCAGCAACUGGCUUUCUCAAACUCUUGGCUGAUAAGAACAGUGAACUGUUUAGGAAAUACGCCCUGUUUUCUCCCUCGGACCACCGAGUGCCUAGAAUUUAUGUGCCUCUCAAGGACUGUCCCCAGGACUUUGUGACCCGGCCUCAAGAUUAUGCCAACACACUGUUCAUCUGCCGCAUCGUGGACUGGAAGGAGGACAGCAAUUUUGCCCUGGGGCAGCUGGCUAAGAGCCUUGGUCAGGCUGGUGAAAUUGAGCCUGAAACAGAAGGAAUACUAACAGAGUAUGGUGUGGAUUUCUCUGAUUUCUCUUCCGAAGUUCUAGACUGUCUCCCUCAAGGCCUGCCCUGGACAGUCCCACCAGAGGAAUUCAGCAAGAGAAGAGAUUUAAGGAAAGACUGUAUCUUCACCAUUGACCCAUCAACUGCCCGUGACCUCGAUGAUGCCCUCUCCUGCAAGCUACUUGCUGAUGGCAACUUUGAAGUGGGGGUUCACAUCGCAGACGUCAGUUACUUUGUUCCCGAGGGAUCCCCCCUGGAUAAAGUGGCUGCUGAGAGAGCUACAAGCGUCUAUUUGGUUCAGAAGGUGGUCCCCAUGCUUCCCAGACUGCUGUGCGAGGAGCUGUGCAGCCUCCAUCCCAUGACCGACAAGCUGACCUUCUCCGUGAUCUGGACACUAACCCCAGAGGGCAAGAUCCUUGGUGAAUGGUUUGGUCGGACCAUCAUUCGCUCUUGUACCAAACUGAGCUACGAGCACGCACAGAGCAUGAUUGAAAGCCCGACCGAGAAAAUCCCUGAGAAGGAGCUGCCCCCCAUCUCCCCCGAGCACACCAGUGAGGAGGUGCACCGGGCUGUCUUGAAUCUCCACGGAAUCGCAAAGGAGUUACGCAAACAACGGUUUGUGGACGGCGCGCUGCGUCUGGAUCAACUGAAACUUGCUUUCACUCUGGAUCACGAGACCGGACUGCCUCAAGGAUGUCACAUCUACGAGUACCGCGACAGCAACAAGCUCGUGGAAGAGUUUAUGCUCCUGGCCAACAUGGCCGUGGCCCACAAGACGCACCGCACCUUCCCUGAGCGUGCCCUCCUGCGCCGGCAUCCUCCGCCCCAGACCAAGAUGCUCAAUGACCUUGUGGAAUUCUGCGAGCAGUUGGGGCUGCCCAUGGACUUCAGCUCUGCAGGGGCCCUCAAUAAAAGUCUGACCACAACAUUUGGAGAUGACAAGUACUCCCUGGCCCGGAAGGAGGUACUCACCAACAUGUGUUCCCGGCCCAUGCAGAUGGCCCUGUACUUCUGCUCCGGGGUGCUGCAGGACCAGACGCAAUUCCGGCACUACGCCCUCAACGUGCCGCUCUACACCCACUUCACCUCCCCCAUCCGCCGCUUCGCAGACGUCCUGGUGCACCGCCUCCUGGCUGCCGCACUUGGCUGUGGGGAGCUGCCCGACCUGGAGCCUGAGGCCCUGCAGAAGCAGGCCGACCACUGCAAUGACCGCCGCAUGGCCUCCAAGCGUGUCCAGGAGCUCAGCACCGGCCUCUUCUUUGCCAUCCUGGUUAAGGAAAGCGGCCCCCUGGAGUCGGAAGCCAUGGUGCUUGGUGUCCUGAACCAAGCCUUCGACGUGCUGGUGCUGCGCUACGGCGUGCAGAAGCGAAUCUACUGUAAUGUGAGUCCCCACGGGCCCUUGGGGCAAGGCCAGCUCCAGGAUGCUGGGACCCCACCACUUCUGUGCAAAGCCCUCCCUCCCCUCACGGACACACCAAGCUGUGUCCGCUGCACACCUGCAUGUCCCCCAGCUUUCUGCCGGGGUCCCCUCCGUAUUUGCCCGGCAUCUGGCGGGAAGCAUGGAGGAUGGGAGCAUAGGCCGGGGUCCUUGCUGUCCUCACUGGCUCUGGAGAAUACAAGCUGUGGUGGUGACACUGGCCAUGUGGAGGCAGAGGGCGUGCCGUCCCUGACCUUGCUGCCCUCCACCACCAGCACCAAGCCCACCUGAUGGGCCGCACUGGGACACCCCGCUACACCUGCCUGGGAUGAGAAAUCCGGGCCAGGAGUCAGGCUCAAGGGAACAGGCCCCUCCCAGACCAGUGCAGGAUGGCAGAGCGCACAAGCUUUGGGGAAUUCCUUGUGGGAAUGUGAAGGGAGGAAAGAUCAGAGAGAAUGAUCCGUGGCCACUCUGGAAGCUCUGUCCCCUGAAGAGACAGAAGAGACCACUAUUUGCCUUGGGUCCUGCCCUGUGUGGCUGUUUAUUCAAGGUUCUUCCCAAGGGUAUUUGGUACCCUUGCGGUUAGUGGGUCACCCCCUGUGCCCUGACUCUGGCUUUGAAUUUCCUGAAAUCCAGCACACAGAGCGGAGCAAGCAUGAAGUUAAUACAGUAAAUCAGAAGAGACAGAAUGGAGUCCCACUGGGGAUCCGUCAGGGCUCCAGUCCUCAAGUUCACCAAGCAGGAAGGAAGUUCAGGUGUCGGUCAUCAGACAGGGCUGCAGACAGGCCAGCCCUCAGCCUAUGCUAACAGACCCGGCGCCCGCAGGGGUCAGCACCCCUCUAGCCUUAGGUGCCUGAGCCCCUGCCAUUCAGCACUUGGGGCAGUUCUAGGCCAGUGGGAGGCAGGCAAAGGCAGGGGGCUGCCUCCAACCAGGGGGGGUGGAGGGGGAGGGUUCCAGGGUCAGAGGUUAGGAGGUGGCUCCCAGAGCUUAGAACCUGAGACGCAGGUAUGU